UGCCCCCGCCGCGUCACGGGGAGGCCGCGCGUCAUCAGGAGGCGGCGGUGGUGGCUCCUGCCGGGAUCGGGAUCGGCUCCAUCCUCGUUCCCAUCCCCGUCCCGGCCCCGCGGGCCCGAGAAAAAACUUGGGGGGCUGAUGCAGAAGGAGCACCAACUGUUCAUGCUGUUGAGAUGUCCUGUAUUCCACUGCUAAUGGAACCAGCACAUUCCAGCUCUGAGGUACAGGGAGCUGCAAAAAUGAGAAAUAAUGAUGCUGCCUCUAGACAUGUGGUUCCUCUUUCUGACAAUAACGAAAGCAAACAGUCAAAAUCUGUUCAAAGAGAGAGAAUACUUCCAUCUUGGAUGCUGGAAGGAGAUCUCCUGGUGCAGAGGGUGUCUGAGCCUGUAAUGACAGCAGGUCACAGAAAGAAAAAAGGCUACAGAAGGGGGGAAAGUGACAUGGAGCCAUUGAAAUCAGAAGUAAAUGUGCAACAGAAAAAAAGAUCAGCAUCUGGAGACACUAUAGAGGAUUUUGAAGGUGAAGAGCAAGAUCAAGGGAAAAGAAGCUGCCUUUCCAUCCCUAUUCCUUCAUCUCAGAAUACAUCUGGAUUUCCUCUUGAGAAUACCACAGGAGAUAUGGAAGAAGGAAAUGGCAAGACUGGAACAAAAAACCCCCUGGAAAAAAAUGAUAGGCAGCUGCAUAGCAAAUGUUCUAAAAGAGCAGGUGAGACCUCAAGUAAAGACAAUAGAAUUGAGGAAACAAAAACCAAAGAGCAGAGUACUGGUUCUACAAGCCAACAAGCUCACUGGGGCAGGACUUCCCAAUAUUGUGGUGCCCAGGAAGGGAUUCUUGAGCCUGAUGCAGAUAUGGAUUGCGGGACUGAGAUUUCUGAUUCAACCAGAAGUGCAGAUGCUUCAGAAAGCUUCAAAAAGAUCCAGCAUAAGAGGACACCUUGCAUGUAUGGAAGUGCCUGUUACAGGAAGAAUCCCAUUCACUUCCAGCAGUUCAGUCACCCUAAUGAUGACGACUAUCACGACAUGGAGACGAUAUCUCAGGAUAAUGAUGACAACCGACCAGAGUGCCCGUAUGGAACAGCUUGUUAUAGGAAGAACCCACAGCACAAGCUGGAAUACAAGCACACUGCACCUCCAGGAACUGGAAGAGGAACCCGACAAAGACCUUCAAGAAAUGGAAAAAGGGCUGUGGAGAAAGACAGUGCCGAUGAUGGUGAAGCCAAUGAAUAUGACCUUAAUGACAGCUUUAUAGAUGAUGAGGAAGAGGAGUGUGAACCUACUGAUGAGGACUCGGACUGGGAACCAAGUUCAGAAGAAAAGGACAAUGAGGAUAUUGAAACACUUGUGCAAGAAGCAGGUAGAUUUGUUAAGACGAAAAAAUAGCUGCUUGGAACAACGCUAUGAGCGUCCAGUGUGGUUCUGUUAAAACGUGGUUGCACAGAGGAGAGGAAUUGUUUGAAAACUUUUUCUCAGUGAUGUAGGAGCUACAGGAAGAUUUUAAUGGGGCCAGGGGAUUCAGCAAUGCCUUUCUUGUCCGUAUGUAUUAUUUUGGGAGUGGUGUGGAGCUUUUUUUAUUAAGUGGUGGACCCACAGGAUGGAGCUCUGAAAGUUUUGGUUGAUUUUUCUUUUUUUUUUUUUACUCAUCUAUUUGUUUUACAAUGCCGUUGGUAUUUUGAAGUACAAUUUUAAAGGUUGUUAAAACUUCAUCUCCCUGUGCUUGAAAGAAACACUGGCAUUAGGAAAGCCUAAACCAUUUUUUAAUGUUCCUUUGAGUUAGUGCAGUUGUAAACUUCAUUAUUCUGCUCCCAGCUUUCCUUUUAGGUAUCAUUUUGUUGGUUCUCUUGAGGUACAGUAAUUAAAUGCAGGUUGUCUAAAUCACUUGAGAACGGUAUCUCAAGUGUAUUGAACCGCUUGGUUGGCUCAACAACAGUUAUGGUGUAUUUGCUCCAAUUACAGCAGUACCUCUUUCCAUGCCUGUAUAUCACUGGAAUUGUGUUCAGUUCUUAGCAAAGCUGGUCUUGAUGACUGACUGUAUUUUUGCACAAAUAAACUUGUACCAUACAGUAGGAAA